AUUUCAUAUCACCUUGCUAUUUGUGCUUAAUCAAAUUAUCUUUCUAUAUCUACUGUUUGUAUUCAUAGUUGUGACGUCACAUGCUAGCCUUUAGUGAGAAAACGGAAUGGGAAGUUGGCUCAUUUUGGGGGCUAAUAUUGCCUACACAACCCCUCUAUGACCGACGGGAUGAAUGUAUCCUAGUAAGUUAAACCUUGUAAUUUUGUCCCUUGGGUUUAACCUUUUGAUGCCCGGACAGUAUAUACUUAAACACACUGACUGAUUGAACUUCUAUAGAAGUUUGGAUUUAUGCAUGUGAAGGUCGGCACCUCCCUCGUAAUAAAUUACGGAUCUUCAAGCAAAAGUGGUUAUUAAUGUUUUUUAGAAGGAGGAUAAUCCUCGGCCUCCAUGUAUUAUUAAAUCCGGGCAGCAAAGUCGACCAAAAGAAGAAGAACAACUCCACCGACCUAUCACUAACCCUAUGGUACAUGUUGAAAAUGAAAAGACACCUAGGCAAAGUCUUCAGGAAGGAACGUCGCACGUGCGCUGAUGAUGACUAGUCCAGCCUAAGAACCGGUAGUGUGUAGGGGCAAUUCUGAAUUUUUUCACUUGAUCAAAUUCUUUAAUUUACUCUCCCCUCGAAUUGGAUUAACACCACACUUUUAUCCUCUAGUGAAACUGAUGGAUGUUACGUGUAUCCAUUAUAAAGGAAAUCAAUGUCUGUAAGGAUUAAGAAUCUGGAUGCAUGUUUACAUUGUGGGUCCACCUAGUCAUACUACUCCCUCUGACCCAUAUUACUUGUCACUGAUUCUGUACAAAGUUUUACUGAAUCAGUGACAAGUAAUUCCGACCGCAGGAAGUACUAGAGUUUCCAUCUACAUGCCAAAACAAGCUGAUCUUUGAAUUAGGGUUUCAAACAAGCGCGCAAAGUCAGUAAUUUUUAGAUCUGACCGAGAAAGAAAAUAAUAAUUACAGUAAGUACAUGUUUGCCCUCCUUAAUGUAAACCGUUUUUGCUUUAAGAUUCUGCACCGAAGCAAACUUCGUGUGUCCUUUUCUUAUUUCUUAUUGUUCAGAACUGCAUGUUGGGCAAGAUGUGCUAAGACUUGUGUGUCCUUCUUUUUUGUUCCUUAUUAUUUUGUGUCGAGCAAGAUGUGCCAAGAACUGGUUCUGAAGCACGGUGGCAAAAGGUCAUGCAACUUACCAUCACCCGUCAUGUGCUCAUGUGCAUGACUGUGCAUAAGAUGUUUUUCCUGGCGUGAUUUCCUAUUGUUCUCUUAUGGAUGUGAGGCCAAUUUUAUUGUAUGGAAGCAUAAUAUUCUUUUGCAGAUGCUGUUAUCAUCAUUCUAUGAGAUCAAUUUCUUCUUAAGAGGCAAAUUGUAACCGCACCGUUCUGACAAUUUAUGACUCAUUUAUAGCCCUAAGAGAUGUUUGUGUUAUUUAACAUCUUGUGCAGAUGCCAUCUAUUUGAUCAAGCUGGCACUGUACUAGUCUGAGAAAUCAAUGUAACCAUCCAGUGAUGCUACAGAGAUGACCUUUUAAUUUUUAGCUACGUCAAGAACAAGGACACCAUGUUGGGGCCAAAACAUCAAUAUUAACGAAUUGGCCUAUAUGUACAUCUGCCUUCUGCAAUUCUGCUUAUAGUUUGAAUCCAAUUCCUUUUAUAUUUCCCUUCUUCUAUAGGUUGGAGGACGAACCGAUAGAUGGCAACUUCGGAGGAAAGUUCAAUCUUUGUUGCACUUCUGUAUAUGUGCUUGCUUGUGACCCAUGCAUGUGAUUCUGACACUGGCGUGAGAUUUGGCUACAGUGGGAGGACUGGCCCGAAGCAUUGGGGGAGCUUAAGUCCUAAUUUCACACUUUGCUCAAAAGGAUUCUACCAGUCUCCAAUUAACAUUGUGAGAGAUGAUGCGGUCUACAACCCAAAAUUGGAGCCCCUAAAAGGGGAUUAUACUGCUACAAAGGCUACAAUCGUUGACAACGUCUUCAACAUUGCGCUGCGAUACAAUAACACUGCUGGGACUGUCAACGUGGACGGCAAGAAGUAUAAACUGAAGCAAUUGCAUUGGCACUCUCCUUCAGAGCACACCAUCAAUGGCCAAAGAUUUCCAGUGGAGCUCCAUAUGGUUCACAACACUGAUGAUGGCAACAUUACUGUUGUGUCAAUCCUUUAUCGGUACGGGAAACCAGAUCAUUUCCUUUUCCAGAUAAAGGAUGAGUUGGCCGAAUUAUACGCGGAGGGCUGCAAAGCUGAGAAAGGUGACCCUUUCCCUGCCGGGGUGGUGAAUAUGAGGGAACUAAGGCAGGGUGCACAAGGGUAUUUCAGAUAUAUCGGAUCUCUCACCGCACCUCCAUGCACGGAGAAUGUGAUCUGGAACAUUCUUGGAGAGAUAAGAGAAAUGAGCAAGGAGCAGGCUGCUGCUUUGAUGGCUCCUUUGCAGGGAAGUUACAAGCACAACUGCAGGCCAACGCAACGACUGAAUGGCCGCACCGUGCAGCUCUACGACAGAACACGGAAAAGCCACAAGGUGCUGUAGCCUAUUGAAGUUUCAUCUCUGCAGAGCACUGCAAUUUGGUGCCGUUCCUGAACGUCCAAGAAAGUGUUGACACAAUCAACUGCAAUAAAAUCUAGUUCAUGGGUUAAUCUUUAUUUGACAUUAGAAAUUGCAGUCACUAUCCUUAUAGAUUCUUCUUUGUGUUGCUGCUUCAUUGGAUACCACAGAUCACCGAAAAUGACUUGAGCAACAGAAUUACAUUGGAAUAAUCGCAUCCUUGUUGAAAACUGCUAAUUUUAUCGUCUCUUUAUUCCUUGGUUAGUCUGGAAGAGGCAGACUAAUGGAUACAGAGAACAUUGGUAUGCAAAAUUUGAAUGGCGCAAAAAAAAAACUUGUCUCCUUUCCGUAAAAAGUGGAGUAGAAAUUAUCAAUCUGUUAUUAGAAGAAAUAUUGACCCUUUCUGUAAAUAAACCUCUUAAAAUAUGAAACCAUAUAAAUAUA